AUGGCCUGUCAUUAUAAUGGCCUAAGUUAUAAGACUGCCUGUAAGCAGAAUACUAUUAAGAAGUUUGCAAAACCGCUACUUACCUAUCCUAACUUUAUUAAGUUAAUCCAAAUAGCUCAACAGAUGUCUUUAAGACUUUUAGUUCUAAGCCCUAAGGCAGCAAAGCAUAAGCUUAGCCUUACAGAGCUCUUACUUAGCUUUGAGCCUCUUUUAGGUAAAUAUUCAGGCCCUAACCUUAUAAAGGUUCUUAUUAUAGUCCUUCAGAAGCAUCAGCUAGCAGACCGGGUCUUAACAGUCACUACUGACAACUCUAAUAAGAAGGACUAUACUAUCUGUAUAAACCAGAGGAAAAGGGAGAUUACUUAUAUACUUAAGAAAAACUCUAACCUGACCAACAAAAGAUUCUUCCAAUUUAGGAUAUUAGAAUACGCUGGAACUCAACAUUUCUUAUGCUUCGCUGAGCAAAACAGUAUUCUUAGUUACUGGAAGGAUUAUAAACAAGAAUAUCCUUUACUUAUAUAUCUUGUAAAGGACUUUCUUGCUGCUUCUGUAACUAGUGUAGGAGUUAAGCGUUUAUUUAACUUAGCUUAUAAUAUAUAUUAUUAUCAACGUAGCUUACUAAGUCCUACUAUAAUCCAGGAUCUUAUGAUGCUGAAUUAUACCUCUGAGUUUGAGACUAAAACUCAGAAGAUAGAGGUAGAGCGAGAGGAAAGAAGAGUACAGGGGGAGAAGGAUAAGCUGGAGCCUAUUAGUGAUAAUAAGGAAGAGGAUAUAGGUCAGAAUAAAAGAGCCCUAGUAGUAGCUUCAAAACCCAGCUUUGAGUAUUAA